UCUGACACCACACAUUUAGAGAGGGACACACACAGAGAGACACACAGCAGCACAGAGAGAGAGAGAGCGAGAGAUAGAAAGAGAGACAGACAGACAGACAGAGUUGCAGUGCUGAGAACUGAGAGGAACAGAACCCCCCUCUGCUCUUCCUUCCAUCCAAUGGAAUACUACUUAGACUGGAUCUACAUGGGUGUGAUGUCUGCGUUUGUUGGAGGGGCAAUGAAGAAGGUCCUGGCGUCCCACGUCAGCGCGGCCCCGACCGUGGUGGCCUGGCUGGGGGUCACCUUACUAGUGGAGAGGCUGUGGUUCUUCUGUGUGCCUGCUGUCCUGGUGUUGGCUGCCUUCUGCCUUGCCUGCUGCCUAUACUCUGCCAGGACAGCCCCCGCACCCACUCUGCCUGUCCAGGGCAAGGCUGUCUUCAUCACAGGCUGUGACACAGGCUUCGGGAAGGCUGCAGCGUGGCGUCUGGACGCCCAGGGUUUUGAGGUGUUUGCUACGGUGUUAGAUCUGUGUGGGGAGGGAGCCAGGGAGCUCCGGAGGACCUGCUCCCCUCGUCUCACCUUACUACAGGUGGACAUCACCCAGCCACAGCAGGUCCAACAGGCUCUUCUAGACACCAAGGACAAACUGGGCCUCAGAGGUCUGUGGGGCUUGGUGAAUAAUGCAGGAGUGUGUGUUAACUUUGGGGAUGCAGAGUUGUCUCUAAUGUCUAACUACCGUGGCUGUAUGGAGGUCAACUUCUUUGGGACUCUGAACGUCACCAAGACAUUCCUGCCUCUGCUGCGUCAGGCCAAGGGACGUAUCGUCACUAUCUCCAGCCCUGCAGGAGAGCAGCCGUUCUGCUCUCUAGCAGCGUACGGAGCCUCCAAGGCAGCUCUCAACCUGUUCAUCAACACACUGCGCCACGAAAUGGAACCCUGGGGGGUCAAAGUGUCCACCAUACUGCCAUCCUCAUACAAGACAGGUCAGUCCAGUAACCAGGAGUACUGGGAGCGUCAGUACAAGAGCCUGAUCCACAACCUGUCCGCAGGCCUGCUGGAGGAGUACGGGGAGGACUACAUCCACGAGACCAAGGAGCUGUUCCAGCGUUUCGCCCAGUCGGCUAACGAGGACCUGUCGCCGGUCAUCGACACCAUCAGCGAGGCGCUGCUCUCCCCCCGGCCUCUGGUCCGAUACUACGCUGGACCCGGCGUGGGCCUCAUGAACUUCGUUUAUACUUAUUUCCCUCUGAGUCUCUCAGACAAGUUCCUCCAGAGACUAUUUGUCCAGAAGAAGAUCAUCCCACGAGCGCUGAGGAAAGAGAACAACAUCAACAACAUCAACAACAACAACAACGAGGAGAAGAUAGAGAAGUAAAAACAACAAGAUGUUUGUUUUGGAGGUUUAAUAAAAAAGUGGAAGCUGUCAGACCGCUUCCGUCAGGUACAACACACUCAUAGUGUGGGUGGUCUAUUUCUGUUUGAAUAUUGUGGUUUUAACGUUGGUGUUCAUGAUGAAGGGCUCAUUAUAUUGGUGUUUAUAUUGACGAAGGGGUCGUUGAAGAUCUAUUGGAGUGGCUUCCCCUCCCGGUAGACGGCAGGCACCAACAUAGCUGGCACACAGAGACAUAUAUUUAGAGAGUUUGGCCCAACUUUUUAGAAACGGACGACAUGUUAGCACCUUAACAUGCUGUAUGGUUUUGCUGGCACCAACACGGCUGGCACCAACACGGCUGGCACCAACACGGCUGGCACCACAGAGCUCUGGAAAUACACCAGUCUGUCACAUCACCUGGAAAUACACCAGUCUGUCACAUCACCACGGAGGUCUGGAAACACACCAGUCUGUCACAUCCCCACAGAGCACCUGGAAAUACACCAGUCUGUCACAUCACCACAGAGCACCUGGAAAAACACCAGUCUGUCACAUCACCACGGAGCACCUGGAAAUACACCAGUCUGUCACAUCACCACAGAGCACCUGGAAAUACACCAGUCUGUCACAUCACCACGGAGCACCUGGAAAUACACCAGUCUGUCACAUCACCACAGAGGUCUGGAUUCAAGGACCUUAUAGAUGUUCGAUUAUGUUUGCUGAUGUUGUUUUUAAUUUGAUUGUGCGUCUCUUUGUAUUGUGUUUUUCACUCCACUGAAUAUUUUUCUUCAAUCAGAGUAGCGAUGCCAGUUCUUUUUCAUGAAUCACUGAAACUGUGAAUUUUACUAUAAAAAAAUAUUCUUAAAAAUAUUGUUAAAAAAAAAUGUACAUUUUUUCACCCAUUGUUCACCUAACUUUGGUAAUAUUAAAAGUUGACUUUUUAAAAAUA